ACAGCCCUUCAGGAGCAGGACUGGGCACCUGUGAUUAAAAAUGUUUUAAUUUAGCCAACAUCAGUGCUGAUUGAGGCUGAUUAAGAAAAGCAGAAGAACAGCAAACAGUGGUAGACUGUAGCUAUAGUUCAGCAGGGUUCAGGGUCGUGAUGGAGAUUUGUGUUUGGAAAGGGCUCAUUUUAGCCCUUUACUUAUUUGCUGUUGAUGGACAGGUAUUAGGGCUGUUUGCUGUUGAUGGACCAAGAUUGGGGCCAUUUGAUGUUGAUGGACAGACAUUAGGGCCGUUUGCUGUUGAAGAACCAAAAUUAGGGCCGUUUGCUGUUGAUGGACAGACAUUAGGGCCAUUUGCUGUUGAAGAACCAAAAUUAUGGCAGUUUGCUGUUGAUGGACAGACAUUAGGGCUGUUUGCUGUUGGACCAAGAUUGGGGAAGUUUGCUGUUGAUGGACAGACAUUAGGGCCGGUUGCGGUUGAAGAACCAAAAUUAGGGCCGUUUGCGGUUGAAGAACCAAAAUUAGGGCCGUCUGCUGUUGAAGAACCAAAAUUUGGGCCGUCUGCUGUUGAAGAACCAAAAUUAGGGCCGUUUGCAGUUGAUGGACCGACAUUAGGGCCGUUUGCUGUCGCAGAACCAAAAUCAGGGCCAUUUGCUGUCGAAGAACCAAAAUCAGUGCUGUCUGCUGUCGAAGGACCAAGAUCAGGGCCGUUUGCAGUUGAUGGACCAAGAUCAGGGCCGCUCUUCUUGGUGACAAUUCCUGCAGUGAUUGAGUCCGGCUCUGAUGCAAAAUUGUGUGCAAUUCUUCUGAAACCCAAUGAGAGCAUCACCAUGACCAUUUCUCUGCUUGAUCACAAAAACAUGACCACUCCACUUGUGCAGCAGAGAUCUGCUUCUGCAGCAUUUCACCGCUGCUUUAGUUUCCAGGCUCCUCGAGUUGAUGUGGAGUCCGUGUGGAAACUGAAGGUGGUAGUUAAAGGGAGGCUCUUCAAAAUGACAGAAGAGAGGAAAGUCCUGUUCAGAAGUUACCUGCCUUUGACCUUCAUCCAAACAGACAAACCCAUCUACAAUCCUGGACAAACUGUUAAUUUCAGAGUUGUUACAAUGAAUGCCAAAUUUGUGCCUCUUUAUCAAAUGUACAGUCUAGUGGUUGUAGAGGACAAUCAUAAUAACCGGAUUGGUCAGUGGACAAACGUUUCCUCAACGGGGUGGAUAUUGCAGCUUUCUCACCAGUUAAACUCUGAGGCUCAGGUUGGGAUGUACACACUGAGGGCUUUUAUUAGUGACCGAAUGAUCUCCCAGAUUUUUGAGGUGAAAAAAUAUGUUUUACCCAAGUUUGAUGCCAUUGUAAACGCACCACAGAUAUAUAGUGUUGGUGAUCCGGGACUGAAAAUUGAAGUUUGUGGAAAAUACACAUAUGGGCAGCCUGUACCUGGUCAGGCAAUGGUGGAAGUGUGCCGUGAGCCGUUUCCAUUUGAUCUAGUUCCUAAGGUGACUCGUCUGUGCCUGAAUAAAACUGCUGAGAUGAAUAGUGUGGGCUGUGCCUCCCUUACCUUCCGUACAUCAGGGUUUUUCAACUCCAGUUUUGAGAAUAAUCUGCAACAUUCAUUUCUUGUUAAUGUGAAUGUCACUGAGGAGGGAACAGACAUUGUCAUGUCAAAAUCCACAACUGUGUCCAUUACGUUUGAAGUUGGCAACGUCACAUUUGUGGAGCUCCCAAAGUUUUUUGAAUCUGGAUCAGCAAUUAACGGAAAGAUCUCGGUGUCUGCUUUCGAUGGGACCCCUUUGGAGAGCAAAGUGAUCUAUGUCUUGGAUGGUUCCAGCUGGCCCAACAAACUGCUGCUGAAUCUGACUACAAACCAUAAUGGAUUGGCCACAUUCUCCCUCAACACAGCUGAUCUCCCUAAAUCUGAUCUGAAUCUGGUGGCAAGUGCAACUCCAGAAAUUUUUUAUGGUCACAAAUCACCAUACUUCACUACAGAUACAAGAAUAGUUGCGCUUCUCCAACCUGCUACUCCCUACAGUCUGCAGUUUAGUGAACUGACUAUAGUGAAGCUUGAUCAGCCAUUGAAAUGUGGUGCUGUGUUUCCAGUUGACAUCCAGUAUUCUUUUGUUGGAGAAACUGGCAACUGCAACACUGAUAUCAUAUAUAUGGUCUUGUCCAAAGGAGUUAUUAUCCUUAAUGGAUAUCAGAGGGUUCAAUCACGCCCUUCAAGUACUGUCACUAGUGGCACAGUGUCGUUCCAGCUGUCUGUCAGUGUUGAUAUGGCUCCAGUAGUGCAGAUUCUGGCCUUCUGCAUUCUGCCCAGUGAGAAUGUAGUUGCUGCUAGUGCAUCCUUUGACACAGAAAUGUGUUUCCAAAACCAGGUGUCUCUGCAGUUUUCUCCAGCUACUGCUGUUCCUGGCGAGGAAAACACUUUGACUGUCUCUGCUCAAGCAGGAUCCCUGUGUGGCCUCAGUGCUGUAGAUCAGAGUGUCCUGAUCAUGGAGCCAGGAAGACGCCUGAGUGCUGAAGCGGUCUUCAGCUUGCUUCCAGUGCGGUGGCCAACAGAUGAUCCAUUCGGUGUUGAGGAUGAACAAGAGUGUCUGAGUGUUCGACCCCGUCGAGCUGUUCCUGCAGUCCAAGCCUACGAGUCCUUUAAGAGUGUGGGACUGAAGGUCGCAACAAAUCUGCCUGUCCGAGAACCUCAGUGCCUGACGUAUAGAGGCCUGAAUUACUACCGCAACUUCUAUGCCUUUCUAAAACCUGAAGUGGCUCUUGCUGCUGUAGCAGAAAGUGGAGACAGUUCCUCUUUUGACAUGACCAUCAGGACUUACUUUCCAGAAACAUGGAUCUGGCAACUCACUCAAGUGGGAGACACUGGAUCCACACAAGUUUCUCUCAAGGUUCCUGACACCAUCACCACAUGGGAGACGGAGGCGUUCUGCCUGUCCUCCAAAGGUUUCGGCUUGGCUCCUCCAGUUCAGUUGACUGUCUUCCAGCCCUUCUUCCUGGAGCUCUCCCUGCCUUACUCCAUCAUCCGUGGAGAGUCUUUUGAGCUGAAGGCAACGGUCUUCAACUAUCUGUCCAACUGCAUCAUGGUUAAAGUAACUCCAGCUACAUCCUCGGCCUUCACUCUUAGACCAUUUAAUGAACCAUAUUCGUCCUGUCUCUGUGCCAAUGGGAGAAAAACCUUCAAAUGGGUUCUCUCAGCUUCUGUUCUUGGACCUGUCAAUGUGACUGUCAGUGCUUCAGCUGAACCAUCUCGGACUCUAUGUGGCACUGAAGUUGUGGUUCUGCCAAUGAGGGGACGCAUUGAUGUAGUCACUCGAAGUCUACUUGUUCUGCCUGAAGGAGUUGAAAGGACAAACACCCACAGUUGGUUACUGUGUCCAAAGGGAAACAUUCUUUCUGAAGACGUGACUCUGACGUUUCCAACAAAUGUGGUUCUUGGAUCAGCCAGAUGCUCCGUUUCAGUCCUUGGAGACAUAAUGGGUCGUGCCCUGAAGAAUCUGGAUGGGUUAUUACAGAUGCCAUAUGGCUGUGGAGAACAGAAUAUGAUUGUUCUUGCUCCAAAUAUUUACAUCCUGCUUUACCUGGAAGCCACAGAGCAACUCACAGCAGCCAUUCGACAGACCGCUACAGGCUACCUUCAAAGAGGAUACCAAGGACAACUGAACUACAGGCACAGUGACGGUUCAUACAGCACGUUUGGUUACGAUGAAUCGAACACAUGGUUGACCACCUUUGUCCUGAGGUCUUUUGGUCUAGCGACACGCUUUGUAUUCAUCGAUCCAAAUGUCCUUCAGAGUGCGAAGGACUGGUUAAUUAGCCAGCAAGAUUCAAAUGGCUGUUUCAUGCAACAGGGGACUUUGUACCACAACGACAUGAAGGGUGGAGUUGAUGAUAACGUGACCAUGACUGCCUACAUCACUGCAUCACUGCUUGAACUAGGUGUCCCCCUCACGGAUCCUGUCAUUACCAAUGCUCUGUCAUUCUUAAGGCCUGUUGUUGGGAACCUGGGAAACACUUACGCCAGCGCACUGCUCGCUUACACCUUCAGUCUGGCUGGAGAAACCAGCACUCGAGCACAGCUUUUAACAACCUUGAACAACCGUGAAAUUUCUGAAGGCACUAAGCUCCACUGGUCUCAGACUACAUCUGGUGACACUCUGGCGGUGGAGAUCAGCUCCUAUGUACUGCUGGCGGUUCUCUCUGUACAGCCUCUCACGACUGCUAUUCUGGGCUAUGCUAACCGCAUUGUCAACUGGCUUGUGGCCCAGCAGAAUCCCUAUGGAGGCUUUUCUUCCACCCAGGACACUGUGGUGGCUCUUCAGGCUCUGUCAGUGUAUGCCACUCAAGUGUUCAGCUUGGCUGGUUCCAGCACUGUUACCGUACAGUCCUCCAUGGUAGGAGGAGACUUUUAUAGCUUUGACGUGAAUCAGAACAACAGGCUGCUGUAUCGGGAGAAGCUGCUAAAUAACUUUCCAGGCGAAUAUAGUGUCAGAGCAACAGGAUCCACCUGUGUGUCUGUGCAGGUUGCGUGUUUCUACAACAUCCCAACACCCAUUAAAGUAGCCAGGACACUGAGCAUCGAAGUAAAGGUGACUGGAGACUGUGAACCACUUGGAGCCAAUCUCAUGUUGAACUUCACGGUGAAAUAUGAUGGCCCAAAAUCUAGCACUAACAUGGUUCUAGUGGACAUUAAGAUCCUGUCAGGUUUCACGGCAAAUAUGUCGCUGCUUGGAUCUCUUCCCAAUUCAUUUGGCCCGCUAGUGGAGCGGGUUGAUGCUGGAGAUGAUCAUGUCCUAGUGUAUCUGAAAGAGGUUCCCAAAGGCGUCCCCAUGACUUAUAGUCUGCUGCUGAAACAGAUUAUUACAGUGAAAAAUCUCAAGCCAGCGGUCAUCAGGGUUUAUGACUACUAUGAGCCAAGUGAUGCGUUUGAGACCACCUACAUGUCUCCGUGUCCCAGUCCAUGAUUUCAGUGCUGGUUACAGGAUACAUGACUUAAAUAAAACUGCUUUUAUGCAAU